AUGGUGUCUUUUUGCCCCUAUGGCCCGUUCCUGAGCCUCCCCGCCUUCUCUGUCCUGGUCGCAACCAUUUGUACCUGGGUUGCUACGUUCGACUGUAGCUUUUUCCGGAUCUCCAAUGUUUCCGAUAGAGGCGAAAGUAUCUCGAUUGGUCUGUGGACGAUAGAGUAUUUUGAAACGUACGAAACGGUUAUCUGGGGCGAAACCAGGACGUCAACGCUUGGAGACGGUGAAUGUGUUCUGUGGAGCAAGAACAGCGGAGCGGGUGUUUCUGAUUUGGAUGCUCCACUUUGGAUUGCCAGGAUCUUUUCGCUAGUCGCGAGUUUGGCGUCUAUCCCACUGCUUGUUGCGAUUCUAGCACCGUCUUGUAUGACCUUCUCUUCUACAUUCUUUCGGCGCUUAUCGAUAGCCCUUAUCUCCGAAGGUGUUUGCACGCUCAUCAGUCUAAGUGCAAUCCGGUCAAAAUGGUGUCUUGACGGCGAGGACUGUACAAUUCGAUUUUCUGGCAUUUUGUGUUUGCUUGCAGUGUUAUUCUGGUUCAUUGCUGGUUGCACCUCUGUUUGUUUGAAAGAAAGUGCCUUUCUCUUGUCUGUUUUCUUUAAUACUCUCUAA